AUGUCCUCCUGGGCGGCUCUCAACGCCCGACCUUCGAGCGACGCCCGCGACCAGAGCGCAGCGCUCGAGCAGGCGACAGACGAGGCGCAAGAUGCAGAACACACGGCGAUGUACGAGCAAGCGCUGCGCUGCCAGCAGCGGCACGAGCACGCUGCAGCCAAGGCGUUGUACUUGGCGUUACUUCACAGCGCCUUCCGCACCCCUACCCGCUUGGUCUAUUUGUGCUAUAAAAACCUCGCGAGUCUGGAUUUCGAGGUGCAAUCAUUUGAAGACGCUCUGUUAUCGUAUAGUCAAGCGGUAUCGCUGGACGCAACGGACGUGGUGGUGUGGUACCAAAUGGCUACAUCUGCCGUGGAAACAGGAAAGCUGUGGCUGGCCCGGAGGGCUCUGGAAGAAGGGUUCAAGGUAGAUGCAACGUAUUGGCCGCUUGUGGAGACGCUGGCGCUGGUGCUGCAUGUGCUGAAGGACGAAGGCGCGUACGAGUGCGUGGCGCAGUAUCUUCGCGAGCGGGACCCGCAGUGCGCUUUGGUGCAAGUGAUUGACGCCAUGCGGCGGUCAGAUGCCGCGCUGGAGACGGAGCUGGAGAUGGAGAGGUUACGUGGUGACAAGUUGGUGCUGAGACGAGCACAAAAGAGGCUGCGACAUGUGGAGACGAUUGUCGAAAGAGGGACGAAACGACGGCGAGAGCUUGAGAGAGAGUGUGCAGACAAGAGGAGGAAGCAGGUGGGAAGAAGGAGGACGUAUACGCUGUUUCAGGCGUCGUGGACGGGACUAGGUGAGCUGCUGCUGGAAGCGUUUGACGAGAUUCAUCGAGACGUUGAGGCACAUGUGUUGCAGACAGAAGUGGAGAUCCGAGUUGGGUUUUGCGAUGAAGAGAUCGAGGAUUGUGCAGCUGAAGAGGCUGAGAAGGAGGUGGAUAGGGAUGGCGACUUGCCGCUGUCGAAUGGCGUACAGUUGAAAGAGCCGGUAGAAGUCACUGCUGCUGCUGGUUGUGACACACCAAUGUUGACGGAGAUCUCGGACAAUGAUACUCAGGACAGCGGUAAAUAUGCGAGUGAGGUGAUGGUGGAUCAGCCUAAGCGACGAAAGUCACGCCGGCGCGAGAACCAGCUGUGGCAAGAGCAAGCUGCUGCAAUGAAGAAAACUCGUGAACAAGAUUUGGCUUAUCGCCUGCAAGCUUUCUUGCCCACUAAUGUCGGAGACGAAGAGAAAAAUGCGACGCAGGAAUCGGUCUUGAGUGAGUGGCUUCCUUCGCUUACUGUCGAAUAUGUCAACGGUAAAUUUUGCAUUUCGAAUGCGAGGAAGGAAGUUCUUACAGAACUGGCAUCGUUCGCGAUAUCGACAGAAGAGCCUGCGAGUGAUUCUGAUAUAUCGUGUUCACGGAUAUGUUCUCGUGAGCAGGCAGCACACGAGGUGGCGCUUCAACCAGAAAUGGUGACAGCGAGACAAAUUGUAUCGUUUGUCACUGGAAGUGCUGGUGGGACUACGCGUUCGGGUGUGAUAAUUGACUGGAUGCGACGGUAUCUUAAUCAAUGCAGUCAAUGGUCGCAAUUAUACCUUGAUGAUGACGAUGGAAAGAUCCACAAAGUUUGCGCCUGGCAUGAAAAAGCGAUAAAUGGAGACUUGGAUAUCUUAAAAUUAGAAACGAGAACGCAGCCCACUGUCAUAAAUGUUGCGGAUCACUCGCUUUUUCAAAACAGCCGCUUUGAGAGAAAUGGAUUGUCGCCUAACACUCGUCUUUUUCUGCUGGAACUUCGUUUCGAUACGCUUUUGCAGCGAUUUCUCCGAGGUAGAAAGAUGUGUGGAAUGGAGAGACUGCUGGAGGUCCAGUUAGCUGAAGCGGAAACGCUCAUGUUUGAGUUCGGCUGGCUUGAAAACGCAGAAAAUGUAGUUUGUGACCCGAACGGGGGUGAACUUUUGCGACUACUUUGGCUUAUGGCACGAAUGCACGAGCGAUGCGGAAACCCUCGAAUGGCUCAGCACUACUUUGCCAAAUGCAGAGAGAGAGUAGUAGGUUUGAACGAAGAAGGCAAGGAAAAUGCUGAUGUUUACUUCCGGAUAUAUUUGCCCAAUCUAAGUGCUGGUCGUGAAAUUUCGUUGGAACAACUGAACAUAAAAUUAUCAGGAUUGCGUCUUUCUGACGUGUAUUCGGAAGCUCGAGACUUUUUUGAAGUCGGAAAUUACGAUCAUGCGGCGUCAGUUUUGUUGGAACACUUUUAUCCUUGCAACCGAGUGCCACGUGUGGCAGAACUCUUGAACGAGUUUUGGUCCGACGAAGAUGGGCACUCAGCGAUUGGUGAAAGUAAUGAGCUUUUUGAAAUGGUGUAUGCGUCACUGGGACAGAGCUCUAUAUAUUCUGAAGAGGAUUCGAUCUUGUUUUUGCUGACAACUUUCUAUCAUGUGAUUGAGUGUUUGGAUGGCUCGGCUACAAAGAAGGAGCUCGGUUUGCGCAUGAAUUCGUCGGAUAAAACAUACACGAAUGCUAUGCAUACAAUGAACUUCUUGCUGACCCAGCUCACCCAGAGUAAGCUCGAGCAUGUCACGAAUCCUGACCACAGGUUGCUGCUACGUGGUUUAUGCGUAAAAUGUUUGCAGCCAUCAUCAUUGUUUCGCUUCGAUUCUCCAAAUGUUGUUCUAUCUAUGAUAAGCGUUGCGUUGGAAGUGAUUGAAGAUAGAUCAUCGGAUGCGCGUGAUAGUGGUGGUAGUAUGCAGCGGGCGAUUGGAGUAGAUGCCAUGGCCCGCUUGUUGUACGCGAUAAGGUCCCUCUCAGGUGACGAUUUUCGUGGGUCCUGUUCAUCAGUACCACACCCAGCUAAGAGAAAGAUAUUGCGUCGUGAUCGCAUUCGAGUGGCCGUUGUUGAAGUGUUGCGAUUUCUGAAUCGGGCCUUCCGAAACAAUGACGAGAUUGCUUCGUCGUUUCCACUGCACAAGCGGUCUGCUCUGAUGAACUUGUGCAUCAUAUUGAUGAAGGAGGAAGAAGAAAAGGUAGCACAGAGUAAUAGCAAAACGCCGAAGCAGCUGUUUGGCAAUGGAGCCAUUUUAUUCUUACAGUUGCAUGAGAGUUGGUCACGAGCACAUCUGACUACGUUGCCGAUGCAAUUGGUAGAGCUGAUACAUCUUCUCCACGGGAGACUUGGACAAUAUGGCAUUUGCGGCCUUACAUACUUUUCUGACAUUUCUCCCGCCGAAGAUUUGCGCAAGAGCUCUUGCUUUCUCGAAACAAGUGCGGUGCUGCUAAGCAAGUUUGUACAAAAAGCACAUUUUCGAGACACUGGAGAAUAUGCGAAGACGUUGAAUGGUGACAUUGAUGGAGAAGAUAAUGCAAAUGCAGAUUUGGGUGAAGACGAAAUUGAUUUUCAAACAGAGUUGUGCCAAUGCUACCGUUGUUUGUACGAUGUGCAAAUUGUGCCCGGAUGCGAAGAUCACAAGGCAGGGUCUACCUUUGCGUCACUACAAGGCGCUAAGGUACCUAUCAAACAUGAUGACGCCAUGCGGCUCCUUCGUUUCGCUGUGCCGGUAUUUUUGGCUACAAAGGCGAAAAACAAUAGUCAAAAGAGGGAGCGACAGAAGUUACUUUGCGCUGUGCGAGAAGCUCUGUCUGACUCCGGUGUCGCUGCUUUCGUUGCGCAGCCAGUCACUGCACCUCCUUCCUUGCAAGUAUACUUAGCCCCGGGAGGCCUGCUACAGGAAGACGCACUGUUACCGUUUCCGCUAGAUGCCACCAGCUCCAUGGGAAGAUCAUCGGACGAAGUUUGCGUGAGCCAUUUGUGGUAUCUGCUGGGUGCUAACUGUAUCCUUGGGCGAGUAAAACGACGAGGAAAUCUUGAUGAGCUGAUAGAAUUGGAACAACGCGUGCGCCUGCGGGUGGAAUACCUGAUCAAAGACGUAUUGUACUACCACUCUGAUCGAGUUGACACGUGGGUGCACUUGGGAAAGACAAUGAAGGAACUCUAUCACGCUGCUACAGAUGCAAUAGCGGCUAUACUCGGACGAAAUUUACGUGUUCAAGCAUUUUUAUGGUACACAACUACGAUACUUGAUUCGAACAAAGAGCAUCUGCAAGGGCAGCAUACUCGAAGUACCCCAGACAUGUACUCAUUUCGUAAUGUCGUUCUAGAGUGGGGCUUGUUUAAAAAGCUGAAGUUGUGGCAAGAAAGAUUGGUCGAUGGACGGAAUUCGAGCAGCAAAACUGUAACUCCGGAGGAUCGAAACGAGAAGACGGAUGCGAACGAUGCUCACGACGAGUUUAGUCAAAGCCAGGUUCCUGUUGAAGAGUACGCUACGAUGUACAUAUUCCAGGUGGUUGAGUUUGCUAGGCGCUGUUUUGAUGUGGCUGCGCAACUGGCCAACAAGGGUGCUCAGAAACACCAAUCAAGACAAAUCUGCAAGUGCGGUAAUUCUGACAACGAUGUUGUGGGUGCGGGAAGCACCUUUGAUAAAGCGCUAAGUAGCUUACGAAACAUCGUUUUUGAGUGCAACGAAGAAUGUGGUUUGCUGCUGUAUAGUCUCUUGCAAGAGUUUUCUUUGAUCAAGGAGAUGAGUAAUGCGGCUUUUCCGUACGAAGCGUACUCGCGUUUGAUUGACAAAACAUUGAGCUAUUUCCAAGAAGGGUGGAGCCAGUGCAGAUCCAAUGAGAACGCCCACGACGACCACUUCCGUCUACAAUAUAUGAUUGGCAAGACCUUGAAGAAAAGACGCUGGUGCGAGCUCCACCGACAAAAACUUUCUGAUCCAGAAGUGCUAUCAACAGCAAAAGAAAUGGCUGGAUAUUUCUCUAGAGCAGAGUCUGCUCGUGCGGUAGGAGACAGGGAACACGCCCUUGUCCAUGCGUUCCAUUCUUUGCAAGCGCUGCGAAUUGAGCUCACAAUCUGCGACUCGCCGUCAGUGGAGGCGCUCCGCUUGGUUUGCGGUCAUUAUUAUGAAGGAAUGGAAUCAGAAGAUGAAAUGGAGGAUACUGAUGAAGGUGUUGCAGAUGAUGAUUCUUCCCAACUAGGCGAUGAGAAUAACAGCAAUGAGAAAGAGUUUGUGCCGGCUACCCUGAAAACUGUUAGUCAACAUGCCACUGCAGCUCGUGAGAUCACUUGUGCCAGCACUGUAAAGAAAGGUGAAAUAUUAGCACUGUUGACGGCUGCUGAAGACAACAAUGCGAUCGGUGACUUGAAUAUCACUCUUGCACGAGGUUGGCUUACGUUGAAUAUUAUUGAGGCCCUCGAGUCGAUCCCAGAAGAGGACCGGUACUUUCAUCCCUCGCGCUAUAAACUCGCGCGGAUCAUGUAUUGGUUGUCGACGUUCCGUCCAGCACUGGAGCAGGGCGAAUACACAGGCGACGGCAUCGAUGCUCUUCUCAUUGCCAUGCGGGCUCAUCACUGUAAAGAUAAAAUAGAAGGCUCUUGUGCUGCGGCUGCACGGGCGCUAAAAGAAAUGGCUCCUAUUUUUGACAAAAGACGGUCUCAGGUUGUUGCGAUUUGGUUUUCGGAGUACAUUCCGACCGCGAAGAAAUUUGAGGAACUUAACCAGCGCCAGAUGAAGUACGACUACUACCGUCUCAAGUACUGGCGCUAUUUCAUCGCGUUGCUUCAAGAAAAUGCAGAGUAUGGAAGGUUGAAAGAGGUGGAGACGUGGGUGCUCGCUUGCAAAGAAGAUCAUGAUGUGAUUGAUAUCAUGCUCGGUAUUGCGCUGAAAGCGCGGGGUCUGGUGCUUCGAAUGAGGCUACUAGAGGUGCUGAACCGCGCCGAGGGCGUUGGUAUUGACUCCGCAGUCGAUGCAAUCGGACAAAUCCAAUCACCUGGUGGGGACCGUUUUGCCAGGGAAUUUCUCAAGGAGCUGGCUAAGGCUUACACUUACUACUUGGACUUGUUGAAUGCUCAGCUGCGACUGGCACGUGUCAUGGACGACUGCGAGUUGUGGCUCGAGAAGGCUCAGCUUUCAAUGGUCGCGCUGUUUUUGGUGUGUGUGAUGAAGUAUCCGUCCGAGAUGGUGUUAUUGCAAGAAGACGCCGUGAUCAUGGACCACGAAUUUCACGCUAAUGUCAUCGUGAUCAAGCAAGCUCUCGUUCGGCACGAAUUGCCUUCUCGGAUGUUUGACGCUCAAGCUCAAGAAGCGUGGAAGAUGUACUGGACUGCUGUCAAUUCAUUCUGUGAGAACAAGUGGCCCGAGCGUGUUAGCAAGGGCAAGUCAUUAAAAAAGCUGUCGAGGCCAAGGACUGCUGGGGCUGUUGCAUCGGUUAUCGCCAGCAGCAGCGCUGGUGCAUGUCAGUUAAGCUCGACUGGGUCAAGUUCGUAA